AUGAUUGCCGUUAAUCAGAUCUCUCAGCGCGGGACGCAAUUGUUGCGAUUCAACAAAAACAUAGUAGUGGCGCGUAUUGGGGAAUGGAUUAUGGGAUGGAUUAAAAACUCGUGGAAAGGGAAAUUACGCAAAACUUUCUCCCCCGUCCUACCAAAUGUCCCUUCAAGAGUAUCACCGAGCAAUCAUCUCAGCAGCAUGGGUGGUCAUUCUAUCCCUCAUCCCGCAAGACCUAGUGCGGGCUGGAGCCGUCCUCCUCGGUUUCCUUAUAUGCGUCCACGCCAUGCGCCCACGAACCCUCAUGGAAAAACUUCAACUGGGACUCUCAUCCUUGGAAGAAAGGUUACAGGACGCCGUCGAUAG